UUUCUUUGCGGCUCUCCAAUUUUCUCUUUCCGGUUUUGACACCGACUUUUCCCUUCGCUUUCUGUAACCAACUCAUACACUCCUCCUACGCCGGCUGCGGUUAGGGUUUUUGUGGUCGGACGGUGAUGGACUCCGAGGACGAUAUGCACGACGCCAACGACGUGGAUUCCAUGGACGACUGCGACGGCUUCUACAGCGACGAGGACGCUUUGGACUACUACGGCAGCGACGAUGACGACGCCGAUGUUGAUUUCGGCGACGAUAAUGAGGGAAUCCAGAGGAUCGAGGCCAGUCGACCUGAGAAUAAUUAUAUCAUCUUGAAGGAGUUAGAUAUAAAGCAGCGCCAAGAAGAUGAUAUUGCAAGUGUAUCUGCUGUGCUUUCCAUACCAAGAGUUUCUUCUAGCAUUGUACUUCGUUACUUUAAUUGGAGUGUAACUAAAGUGCACGAGGCAUGGUUUUCUGAUGAAGAUAAGGUCCGAAAAACUGUUGGCUUGUUAAAGAAGCCAGUUGUUGAGUUCCCCAAUUCCAGAGAACUUACCUGUGGGAUCUGUUUUGAAGCCUUUCCCCGUGGUAGCAUCAGAUCUGCCUCUUGUGGUCAUCCGUACUGUUGUGCAUGCUGGAAAGGAUACAUUAGAACAUCCAUUAACGAUGGUCCUGGUUGUUUGACGCUGAGAUGUCCUGAUCCGUCUUGUGGUGCUUCUGUUGGUCAAGACAUGAUUAGUAUGUUGGUCACUGAAGAAGAUAACCUGAAGUACUCUUGGUACCUUAUCAGGUCUUAUAUUGAAGACAACAAGAAGACCAAGUGGUGUCCUUAUCCAGGUUGUGAAUAUGCUGUUAAUUUUGUUGGUGAUAAUGAAAAUUAUGAUGUAUCUUGCCUCUGCUCCUAUGGAUUUUGCUGGAAUUGUACAGAGGAAGCUCAUCGUCCUGUUGACUGUAGCACUGUGGAGAAAUGGAUUUUAAAGAACGGUGCUGAGUCUGAAAACAUGAACUGGAUACUGGCCAAUUCUAAACCAUGUCCAAAGUGCAAGCGGCCUAUCGAAAAAAACCAAGGAUGUAUGCACAUGACUUGCACACCACCCUGCAAAUUUGAAUUUUGCUGGCUUUGCCUUGGUUCAUGGGCGGAGCAUGGUGAAAGGACGGGUGGUUUCUAUGCAUGUAACCGCUACGAGGCAGCUAAGCAAGAGGGAGCUUAUGAUGAAGCUGAGAGAAGAAGAGAAAUGGCAAAAAAUUCUCUGGAGAAAUACACUCAUUAUUAUGAACGUUGGGCAAGCAAUCAGCUGUCGAGGCACAAGGCUCUUGCAGAUUUGAAUCAAAUGCGAACUGUGCAUAUGGAGAAACUUAGUGACAUACAGCGCGAGCCUGAGUCUCAGCUCAAGUUCAUAACCGAUGCCUGGCAGCAGAUUGUUGAAUGUAGGAGAGUUCUAAAAUGGACAUAUGCUUAUGGGUACUACCUGCCAGAGCGUGAGCAAGCGAAGAGGCAGUUUUUUGAGUACUUGCAAGGUGAGGCAGAGUCUGCUUUGGAAAGGCUUCAUCAGUGUGCAGAGAAGGAGCUACUGCAAUUCCUUAGUGCAGAAGGCCCAUCGAAAGAAUUCGUUGAUUUCCAUACAAAGCUAGCUGGACUUACCGGGGUGACUAAAAAUUACUUCCAGAACCUGGUAAUGGCAUUAGAGAAAGGCCUAUGUGAUGUGGACUCUCAAGCAGUUUGCGGUGGGUCAACAAGCUCAAAAAACGUAGGAAGCAGCAAAGCAAAAGGUGGAAGGGGAAAGGUAACCGGUCGAGGUGGUGGGUCCAGCAGAAAUGUGUAGCACGGAUAUUUGGACCAGUGAUCAGUAUCGUACAACAAUUCCACGCCUGCCACAUGUGCCAUCACCGUUGGUGAGUAUUCUAGCUUCCUGUGUUCCCAAGUCUGUUGGAGAAAAGAAGUUAAACGCAAGCUAAGAACAAGUGUACAAUAGACGAUGGAUUCUUGGUACGAAAACUAUGAUAGUCUGAAAUGGAAAAAAAUGCAGAUGCCGUUUAGGGUUAAAAAAGGUUGGCCUGUUGGUAUUUGUGUGUGUUGGUGGAAACAUAAUGUGAUUAUUCUGUACAUAACAUCGACGUGCUUAUAAACUAGGGGUUCCACGACCUAAUUUAAGUAUAUUGCAGUUGUCUAUUUUGAAUGCCGAUAUGCUGUAUUUAUUUUCGUAUCAGUUUCAGUAACGUUUGUGUU